GAUUUUGUCACCCACCCUAUUCUUUUACGGUUAUUCACUCGUCGAUCUAAUUUUACAACAGAGAAAAGUACAAUAUAGUACAGACAUUGCACUGUGGACAUUAUUGAGCUGUAUAAAGACUUCUAAUUGUGUCUGAAAUGGGUAGGAAGAAAUGUCAUCGGUCGCUUAGAAAUGAUGAUCUUUCAUCAGUAAAGACAAUACCGCAGAUUAAACGGAAGGAGAUUAAUCGACAUUGCGAAAGAUUAUUUAGAUUAUGCAGUGAUCCUACAUACACAACGCGACUAUGGGAGAAUUAUCUGGAUAUUUCCUCGAUUUUGGAAAAGAUUAAUCGCCUUGAGGAGAUAAAGACAACGACGACAACACCACGUGCAUCAGCGACAAAGCAGUUUGUGGAAUGGUUGCAGAGCUAUGGAGCGAAAAUUGAAGGCGUCAGCAUUGCUGAGUUUGCAGGGUUUGACCUCGGGAUUAGGGCUGAGAAGGAUUAUCAUGCGAAUGAACUGGUGUUGGAGAUUCCUAGGAAAGUCAUUUUUAGUAUUGAGACUGCCGCUCCAGAGUUAUCUUCGAUUAUGGGUGACCCAAUAAUUCAAAACAUGCCACAAGUGGCUCUAGCUGUUGCUCUUCUGGUAGAGAAGCAUAAGAAUAGUUCGAAAUGGAAACCUUAUUUACGCAUGCUGCCUGGAAGUUAUAACACUGUACUUUAUAUGAGCACCAGCGAUAUGGUUGAGCUUAAAGGGAGUCCUACACUGGAGGCAGCUGUAAAACACUGCAGAAACAUCGCUCGUCAAUAUUCGUACUUCAACCAAAUGUUCCAAACCAGCGGUACCAGUAAUGAUAUCUCUCAAAUACUGAAAGACGUCUUCAGCUAUGAAGAAUAUCGUUGGGCAGUUUCUACAGUCAUGACACGUCAAAAUAUCAUUCCCAGUAAAAACAGUGGGGAGAUGAUCCACGCACUUAUUCCCAUGUGGGACAUGUGCAACCAUGAAGAAGGAGUGAUCACGACUGAUUUUAAUAUCAACUCGGAUAUGUGUGAGUGCUACGUAAAACGGGAAUUCAAGCAUGAAGAGCAGAUAUUCAUUAAUUAUGGACCUCGAACAAAUUCCGAUUUUUUUGUCCACUCCGGAUUUGUUUACUCAGAUAACAGGAACGAUGGGUUUAAAUUACGUUUGGGUAUCAGCAAAUCUGAUCCAUUGUUCCAAGAUAGGAUGAAACUGCUGGAAAAAUUACAGUUUUCAACUACAAACGUAUCGUUCAUCCUUAAUAACAGUGGUGAACCAGUUUCCGACGAACUGCUGGCAUUCUUGAGGGUCUUCAGUAUGAGGAAGUUCGAACUGGAACAUUGGUUAGAGUCUGCGAAGGUCCUCGAUUUGAAGCAUCGAGAUUGUGCGCUUGAUACAGUUGUAGAGACUAAUGUUCGAAAAUUUCUGCUGACCCGGCUCAAGUUACUUAUGGCAAACUAUCCAACUACUUUAGAGGAGGACUUGAAGAUUCUCAAUACGACGAUGUCACCAAUUCGGAAAAUGGCAGUCAAGCUUCGCGUAUCAGAGAAAAAAAUUCUUAUUCAAGCAAUUGAGUACGUGGAACAGUGGAUGAAGGCGUGAGAAGCUUCAGGGAUUAUAUUUUCUACCAAUCCCAGGAAAUGUUGCGAAUAUAUUUGGAUAGUACUCUCCCCUGAGGAAGGCAAAGGACGUCCGACGCUCUGAAAAGGGAUACAUUUCAGGACUUCACGACGACAGCAAGAUCAAGACUCAUUGUAUUGUGGAGAAUGAAUUUUAUUUUGACAAUAUUUUGUAGAUCCUUGCAAAAUAAGUUGGAUGAUAAUAAAUCGAUAAAUGUAAUCACCAGGGCCCGGAAGUUCGUGUCGCUAAAAUCAUGGGGGUACC